AGGUUUGCCAAUGUCUAGUACCUGCAAAUAGAUCUUAAUAAGACGUUGUAGUUUGGGUCAAUAAAUACACAGUUACACUACUUUUUUUUUUAAUAAAAAAGUAAAUAAGCUGCCAUUACCAGGCUCUUUUGAGGUUUGGAUUCUGUUUUUUUCAGUUCUUUUUUGAUAAAGUACCUCAAGGCAAAUAUUACAUAUACCUGUUUAACAAGGAUAAUAUUUAAAAUGAAUGUGUCUGUCAUGAUGGAAUAUCUUGGCGUGUAAUGGUAUUUGAAACUCCCCCCUAUAUUGUACAACUUGAACUAUUCCAGUCGCCAGGCAACUUGUAUACAAUCCUGUCCGCGAGAUGCUGCACUUCGGCGAACUACUUUGUAUUGAGGAAAUAAUCAAAGCUUUAGCAUCAUUUAUUACUGCCUACUAAAUAUUUACUUCUGUUGAAGGUUAUUUUUAAUCCCACUGCAAUGCCAGCACACAGAUCUCAUUGCCAUGUCCAUGGACCUCCAAACACGUUUCAUGGCAUCAGAGAGUGGAAUGUCAUCUUUGUGCUGGAUACAUCAGGAAGCAUGUAUGAAAGCUUGCCAGCUGUGAAGGAUCACCUUAUUCAGGAGUUGAACUGUAGGGCCCAGGCUCUUCCUCACUUUAAAUUUAACAUAAUUGAGUUUAACAGUAAGGUCAGAAAAUGGUGUGACCGCUCUGUGUGGUGCAGUCCAAAUUCUCUUGCUGAGGCUGUGUCUUGGAUACUUUGCCUGGAAUGCCAAUCAGUUUCAGAUGGCCUGUCUACAGUUACAGCUCUCAAUGAGGCCCUAUUAGAUCCAGACUGUCAUGCUGUGUGCUUGGUCACAGAUGGGAUUCCAUAUUGCCCUAACAGGGAACCCACCUGCAGGCCUUGCCAACCUCACAAAGUACCAAUACAUGUGGUGUGUGUCAGUGGGAAUGAUAGAAAAAGCCCGCCCCAAAACUUCCUACUGGAGGUGACACAAGAGACAGGGGGAACCUUCCGCAUGUUAUCCCUGGAGACAGUUGUACCAUCUUCUGUCCUGACAACCCAAGAUGAAUUCCUAUGUCAUUCUGGCCUUUGGAGUUUACAAAGUCCAAUCACAAAACCUCCCAUAAAGGCCUCUGUGACAGGGGAUUCAUUGGAUGGGUCCCAAGGGGCUCCAAGGCUCAUGAGAGGAGUUCGGAUUUUGGCCAGAAAGCAUGAUGAUGGGCUUUUCUAUGCUGCACACAUCAGCCAGGAAGAACAGUCUUCAAAGGAUGUUUUCCUGGUGCAGUUUGAAAAAGGCAAGAGAAUUGGGGAAAAACACAACAGUCUUCUUCAAAAGACACGACUUUGUGAUAUUGUACAGAUAGAUGAAGCUGCCAGGCAUCCCAUCAUUCCUGGAGAUGCAGUUCUUGCACCAUUGAAUCUUAAUAUGAAGAAAUAUGGACCUGGUAUUGUGCUACUUGGACAAGAGAGACGAGAAUAUAGAUCAGAUGCUGAGACUAGUGAGCACCUGGUGGUGAAUUUCUGGAAUGGACGUACGGCAAAUGUCUCUGCAGGUGUUGCAAUAUGGAUUCCCCGCCAGAUGUACGACUUUCUUGUCCUUGAACUUCAAAUGCCUCCUUCAGCUAGAGAGAAGUUUCUUGAAUCACAUCCGAACUACCCUUUCACUGUUCCUCCGGGAUACAGGCCUUGGAGAGAUGAUGGAGAUCUGGCUAAAGACCUUUUUGACCGUUCUCUAACUCAUGUUGUCUCUCCAUCGUGUCCACAUCACAGCCAUGGACAAACCUGUGACCUGCUAGGCACCAACAUAGAAAGAGAAAUGGAAGGAAGUGCUAACAAAGGAUCAUCACUAUAUGGACUUGGGGAAAAGAAGCAAAGCAGUAGGCUUCAAUGGCAAAGUGGAUCAGCCCAGAAUCAGACUAGGAACAGAAAAGCAGCUGAUAAAGGAGGAAAGGAAGAACAGAAACCCAAAGAGAAAAAGCUUCAAAAGCCUAUGCAGAGCUCCUUAAAUAUAGAAGAGUCCAGUAUGGCAUGUUCAGAACGAAAUGCAGUGGAGCAUCAAGAAAGAAAAACAAGCACACAGCAUGACCAGGGCAGACCGCAAGCUGCUGCCAUGUUCUUCAAGAUGCCUGAGUUUCCAUAUUCCUGUCUGGCAAGUCGAAGGCUAGCGUUUGAAGGCAUUAAUGAAUUGUUGAGAAAAGAUCAAAAAGCCAUUGAGACAGUCAUACAAAAGCCCACCAUUCAGAAAAGAAAAAUCUGAUGAAGAAGUGAAGGCAGAAAAAUUUUAAUCCAAAUACAAAUAAGGAGAAACAUAGACCUCUAAAAGUGGGUCUUGUUGGGUAAUGCAAAGCCAAUAAAAAAAAAAAAUCAGCGAGUAUACUGAUUAUUAUUAAUUCAAAUAAUUUACAAAGUAACAAGUGCUUGUAUUGUCCUUUGUUAAUUUUAUAUAUACAGUAGCUUAUUAAACCAGGUAUCAAUGAUGAGUUGACCACUGUUUUAUAAAAAGACAUGCAAAAUGGCCAAGAGUGGUAAAUCAAUCACAUAUAAUGUGUGUAUAUAUAUAUAUAUAUAUAUAUAUAUAUAUAAAACACUAAGUCUGUCUUUCUGUCUGUCACACAAUUUCUCACAAACUACUGGGGCUAGAGCCUUGAUCUUGGUCUUGAUCCAAAGCUUAAGAUCUGUGUAGAAGCUUUUUAAAUUAUUACCUGUAUGAAAAAUAAAUUAAACACGUUAAGCAUUUAUUAUUCUGAAGUGAGGGUUUAUCGCUAGACACACAUAAAUGUCCUACACCCUGCUAGGCUCCUAAGAUGUGGUGUGUGCUCAUUCCAUUGAGCAGGCUACUGUUACAAUUUUACACAUACAUCUUCAUUUAUCUUUUAUCAAGUGUCGAUUCUCUGAAAGAACAAAAUGAUCUUAAAAACAAACAGGAAGGCGAAUUUUGAAAUAAGCUUUCAUAUGCUGUUUUUCUAGUGCAAAUCACAGUAGGCAACUAAAGAGUCUCAACAUUGCUGCUGCAUUAUUUUCAUAUGUCAGUGUAAGGCAAUAGCCAGAAAUAAGUAAACAUGGCUAAUGCAAAUAUGGGCUUAAAUAAAAUAUUAAGUCCAAACUGUUGCAUAGAUACAAAAACAAUAAACAAUUUAAACUUAAGCACUCAUCCUGCAAGACUAGAAGACCCCAGAACUUCUACACUUGAUACGUUCUGGUAAUUCAAAAUUGAAGAAACCUCUGCAAACUGACCUGAGCUUGUGGGUUUCUAAAAGCAAAGUGAUUGGCAAACAAAGUGAUAGCACAGAAAGACAGAGAAGAUCAGCAUAAUUUGCUUAGCUUCAAGCAAAUCACAGAAGUCGUUGAAGUGAUGAGAAACAGCAUAAUUUAAAGAAGAGCAGUGCCAUCUGCUGAGCAUCAAGUGUGGGAUACAGAAUGCAAGAACAAAGAUGGAAAAAUGCAUGCAACCAGAGGUUCAUGUGCAACUACUGCAGCUAAAACCUUGAUUUUCCUCUUGAACAAAAACCUAUGACCUGAUACAUUUUGUUAAUUGAACAAAAUGAGGAAAUCUCUGCAAACUGACCUGUGCUCAUGGUUCUUACAGUUAAGUGAUGGGCAAACUAAAUGACACAGCAGAAUAAAGACCAGUGCCCUCUGCUGAGCAUCAAGUGCGGGAUACAGAAAACACGAACGACAGAGACAGAGAAAUGCAAGCGACCAGAGAUCUGCAUGUUUUACUAGUAAUAGAAUAAAACCUGAAUACACAAGACAUGUAAUUAAUGCCAACAAUCACAAUUAUUAGGCAAGAUUAUCUGUAAAGCAGUGCAUGGAAAAAGAACUUCCCUGCGCUUCAGAAAUGAAAGCAAAUUCCUCUUCAAUCACGAGUUUUGUGCACAAUGAAUUUUAAAUUAUACAAAAUGAAUAUUGUACAGAACUGCAUAUAGACAACUCAGUCAGUUUCCAACCAGCUAUAUCCUAAACCAGGGUCACGGGGGUCUGCUGAAGCCAAUCCCAGCCAGCACAAGGCAGGAACAAAUCCCCGAGCAGGAUGCCAGCCCCCCCGCAGGGCACAAGACAACUCUGUAUAAUAAAAUAUUUAUUCAUGUAUUGUACAUUAGUAGCUUAAAUCAAAUGUCCUAGUGCAUAAAGUUGCCCCAGCUAUUUGGUUUCACUAAAUGUAGGUAUGGGUGGUCCGCUGGUUAGAGCUUCUGCCUCUCUCCUGGGUUUAAAUUCCAUCCCUUUCUCUGUGGAGUUCUGCUUCUUUCACAAAGUACCUGGAGUACCUGUUAACCCCAAGACAGCCGUGUUAGGUGUAUGGACAAGUCUAAAUUAGGGAGGGGGUCUUCACCUCUGUUCUCUGGGAAACUGAAGCACCUCGGAGAAUGUUAUGUUACGCUAAAUUCAGUUCAAACCAAAUUAUAGUGAAGCCAUUAGAACAAUGAGAGUUGAGUGAUUCAUUUCUUUGCAAUGUUACAGACUUUAUUAACAAGUGGAUCAGCCAUUCCUUCAUUGAAGAUGCAAAGACUUUUGUCUGGUAAAGGAUCUAAACAAGUAGAUAUUUUUUUUAGAAAGAUUCAUUUGCAUUGGCAUGUAAAGUUUGGGCACCUUUGCUUAAAAUGUCUGUUCAUUGUGAAUCUGUGAGCAGAAGAUGAAAUGAUCAGAGUUUGGACAUCCGACAUGGUCAGUACUUAAUAACACCUCCUUUGGCAGAUAUCACAGUAAAUUCUUUUUGUAGCCAGCCAAGAGUCUUUCAGUUCUUACUUGGGGUAUUUUCACCCAUUCCUCCUUGCAAAAGGCUUCUAAUUCUGUAUGACUCUUAGGUCAUUUUGCAUGCAGUGCCCUUUUGAGAUCUAGCCACAGAUUAUCAGUGAUAUUUAGGUCGGGGGACUGUGAGAGGCAUGGCAAAACUGUCAGCUUGCUCCUCUUAAGGUAUUUCAUUGUAGAUUUUGAGGUGUGUUUCAGGUCAUUACUUUGUUAUAGGACACAUACUCUUUUUAACUUCAACUCUUUUACAGAUUGUAAAAUGUUUGCUGGUAUUUAUUUUAAUCCAUUCUUCACUCUACCAGUGAAAUGUUCUCUGUGCCACUGGCUGCAAUUCAAGCCCAAAGCCUGAUCAAUCUACCCCCAUGCUAAAUAGUUGGAGGUGUUCUUUUCCUGGAAUUCAACACCUUUUUUUAAUCCUAACAUACUUUUGCACAAUGGGAUCAGAAAGUUCUAUUUUGACUUCAUCGGUUCACAGGACUUAUUUCCAAAAUGCAUCAGGCUUGUUUCGAUAUUCAUUUGCUGAAUUUUCUGGACAGAUUUUCUUCUGCUGAGUUUACCAUAAAGUUUGUAUUUGUUCAGGUGUCACAACACAGUAGAGCAGUGUACCACCACUCCAUGCUCUGCUAAACCUGCCUGGAGAUCUUUUGCAGUCAAACAGGUGAUUUUAUUUGCCUUUCUAGCAAUCCAACAAACAAUUAUUUCAGAAAGUUUUCUUGGUCUUCCAGACCUCAACUU